AGAGGAGAGAGAGGAGAGAGAAGUGAGAAGGAAGGGCUUUAUGAGUGAGGACCCAUCAAUACCUUCAUCCUCCUCAUCCCAAAUGUCCGAGGAUGAUGACCGAUCUCCCCCCUUGGAUCUCAUCGACGGUCCAAUCCCCUCCAGCAAGUCCCGCAACUGCUCCGGAGUAUCCGGCUCCGGCGUAGGUACCUCUGUCGAGUAUACCGUCCCCUACCCGGACCAAGUCCUCGAGAACGUUCUGGAAAACGUCCUCUGCUUUCUCACCUCCCGCCGCGACCGCAGUAGCGCCUCAUUGGUCUGCAAAUCCUGGUACCGCGCAGAGGCCCUCACCCGAUCCGAGCUCUUCAUCGGCAACUGCUACGCUGUCUCUCCUCGCCGGGCCAUGGCCCGGUUCACCCGGGUCCGGGCCGUGACCAUCAAGGGCAAGCCCCGGUUCGCCGAUUUCAACCUCAUGCCGGCCAAUUGGGGGGCCCACUUGGCACCGUGGGUGUCCUCCAUGGCCAAGGCGUACCCUUGGCUCGAGAAGCUCUGCCUGAAGCGGAUGUCCGUGACGGAUGACGAUCUUGCCCUCUUGGCUGAGUCGUUUGCUGGGUUCAAGGAGCUGGUCCUAGUUUGCUGCGAUGGGUUCGGGACUAGUGGGCUCGCCGUCCUCGCUAGCAAGUGCAGACAGCUUAGAGUGCUCGAUCUGACUGACACCGAGGUUAUGGACGAUGAUGUAGAUUGGAUAUCUUGUUUUCCGGAGAGUCAAACUUGUCUCGAAUCUCUGAUGUUUGAUUGUGUGGAAUGCCGUGUAAAUUUUGAGGCAUUGGAGAAUCUAGUGGCUAGGUCACCUUCUCUGAAGAAACUGAGGUUGAACCGGUAUGUUUCAAUUGGGCAGCUUUACCGCCUGAUGGUUCGAGCUCCUCAACUGACACACUUAGGAACGGGCUCAUUCAAUUUAGCAGAGGGCAUGGCUCAAGGUGAUCAAGAACUGGAUCAGGGUGAUCAAGAACUGGAUUAUGUUUCUGCUUUUGCUGCUUGCAAAUCGUUAGUUUGUCUAUCUGGGUUCCGGGAGAUCUUGCUGGAUCACAUUCCUGUAAUUUACCCUGUCUGUAGUAAUCUCACCGCUCUGAACUUCAGCUAUGCAAACAUCACAGCGGAACAACUUAAACCAGUCAUAUCCCAAUGCCACAAACUCCAGUCUUUCUGGGUACUCGAUUCAAUAUGUGAUGAAGGACUUAAGGCAGUGGCUGCAACUUGCAAGGAACUGCGUGAGCUUCGGGUUUUUCCUGUUAAUGCUCAGGAGGAUGCAGAAGGCCCUGUUUCUGAGGUGGGUCUCGAAGCAAUUUCUGAGGGUUGUAGAAAACUGCGGUCUAUUUUGUAUUUCUGUCAGCGAAUGACAAAUGCAGCUGUAAUAGCAAUGUCAAAGAAUUGCUCAGAACUUGUGGUGUUUCGUCUUUGUAUAAUGGGGCGCCGCCGGCCUGACCAUGUUACUGGUGAAUCUAUGGAUGAAGGUUUCGGAGCAAUAGUUAUGAACUGUAAGAAGCUUACCCGCCUUGCUGUGUCUGGUUUAUUGACCGAUCGAGCAUUCAGCUACAUUGGACAAUAUGGAAAGUUGGUUCGAACUCUUUCAGUUGCCUUUGCUGGCGAUAGUGACUCAGGGCUGAAAUACGUGCUUGAGGGCUGCCCUAACUUGCAAAAGCUUGAAAUAAGGGACAGCCCAUUUGGGGAUACAGCAUUGCGUUCUGGUUUACAUCACUAUUACAAUAUGAGAUUUCUUUGGAUGUCUUCGUGUUCGUUAACACGUCAAGGUUGUUGGGCGAUUGCUCGAGAACUGCCUCGUCUCGUGGUUGAAGUGAUGAAGAGUGAAGAAGAGGGGGAAAUGGGUGAUAAUUUUGAUAUACUAUACAUGUAUCGAUCCCUUGAGGGUCCCAGGGCUGAUAUUCCGCAAUUUGUUGAUAUCCUGAGACCUGGCAUUUAGCUUGAAGCUGUUUCAUCUCCUACUGUGGUGGCUUCUGCGCAAGUUAAACGGAUGUUUGUUGGUGGAAAAAUGUUAUGCGGGUGACUUUUAUAUAACCCGCGAGAUGGUUCCUGCAGUGGCUCCUGAACGAAGAUGAGUAAACAACUUACAGUCCUGGCCUGGGGCUGUUGCAAUGACGAUCAGGUGCCACAAUUGCAAUGGCAUUCAAAGCACUUUCGACCGCAUUUCAUCUCUGCUUUGGUUCUUCCAGAGAACUCGGAGGAGGGGUGCUGAUGCUGAGGAUCAAUGGCUCUGCUGGGUAUUGGAUUACCCAAAUGUUGUAUUGGUACGCUUCUAAAUUUCAUGUUUGUUUUUGCUUCCAUAUUCAUUUGAUCAUAAACAAAGGCUGCCGGAGGGGCGAAGGGAGGUUUUCAAGCUGAUUAGAGACUGACAAGCUAUCCAUCUUCAGAUGAACAAUAUUGUUUAUCUUUUGUUGAGGAAAUGGAGAUAGGUCUCGAAGCGGACGACUGGAAAGAGUGAAUUUUCGUGCUCCUCUCCGGUGCCCCGCCGGUAGAGAAGUAAAGGAUAGAGAGAGAGCUUAGUCUGUUUAUUUUGAUUCAGACGGUAGUUUAGUUUUUAAGCUGUAGACUGAUACAAUCUUAUCUCAUUCUCUCUCUUGCCCCUCUCUCUCUCUCUCUCUCUCUCUCUCUCUCUCUCUCUCUCACAGUUUCGAAGUGUUAAGUUUCUUUCGGAUGUGUUGUUGUAGCACCUGACUGUUGAAUUUAUUAUUGUUAUUGUUAGCAAAUGUGGAUCAUCUGGUUAAUAAAUGCCAAAAUAUGCAUGGACCAUGUCUUGCCUAUUCUUUUUUC